UGCAGAGACAGAGACAAGUUCGCUGCUAUGGCUGACAUAGAAGUGAAAGUUGAAAAAGGGGGUCUUUCAAUCUGAUAUGACAACGAUGACCAAAGAGGGAGGCGAAGAACAAAUCGAAAGCUUCCUUUUUUCUUCUUACGCCGCCGCCCUUGCUACACAAUCAACCCCUUGAGCGAUCGCAACUGACUGGGAUUCAACGCUGAGACUGUCUAUUGGCCUCUGCGGAAAACUUCAUGACUUUAUGCUAAUUGCGGUGAGAAACCACAAAACACCAGAGAAGACUUUCCCAACAUCUGCAACAAUGUGUUGAAAAUGUGUCGCCGUUCUUAGAGAUGCAAUGCAAGUCUACGAAUUCGUCCCGAACGCGUCUGCCCUGAAAUGCUUGCCCCUGGCACGUGAGCCGCAUCACCAGUGAUGAGUCAAUCACCAGACAGCUUGAGCGAGAGAUUGGGCUUUUCGCCGGUUGACUUCGAUGUUUGGUCCCUGAAUCAUUCAAACACAUCAACACCAACCUUUGCCAGAUUUGGCCCGGAUGCAAAAGAUAUUCCUGCGACCCAGACCUCGGCGUCCCAAUCCAGAGACCUUCAAGCCCAACCGUCGAAACUCUCUCCGCGCCUUCUUGGUGGGAACAGGCUGAACGAGUCGUCGAAAGCCCACAACCGACAAACGUCUAUUGUUCACGGCUUCACUCAUUCUCGGAAUGGGAGCGCAUCGUCGAGUCCGCUGAGUCCGCAGAUGCUCAUGGCAGCUGGCGGAUCUGAUGCAUCAAGUAUGGGGGACACUGCUUUUACGCCCAAUCUGGGGUUGAAUAAUGGAGCUUCCUCUACUUCGAGCAGUACAACUCUACCAGAACGAACCUCAUCUGCCGCAGAUGCCAAUAAUUUGACACAGAGGAGGGUUGAACGAAAUCAUAGUGGAAAGAGCAGUAGGGACCAUCGACAUCACCAUUCGCAUUCGAGGCACCAUCACAAAGAGGAACUCAAGACCGUUGGCGAAUAUGCCCUCCAUGUCCUCUUUACGUCUUUCAUUGCCCAAGCCGAGGAGAAGAUUUCUCAAUGUAUCACUAUACCUUUAGAUCCCGAACCUCAGAUUGAACAAAUAUGCGGACCUGGUGUAGACCCAACCUUCGAUCAAUUGAUCUCGGCACUGGGACAUAUUGCGAGCCAGAAGCCAAAACCUCUGAUUGAUUCAAUGAUGUUAUGGCGUAAGAAUAAGAGUGAUGCUGCAAACGAGGCGCGCAUUCAAUUACAACAGUCCAGAGGAAAUGCUCUUCCAGGACCGAUGCUGCGAAGAAACACAGAACCGAUCCAUAUUUUGCCAGAAGAUGCACUUGCUGCGAAUAGCUCUCCCUCGAUUGCCGCGCGUCAAGAAUUCGUUGCUCAAGCUGAGCGACGUUCAACCGCUUCCAUAUACAUACUGUGUCGAGUGCUGAUGGAGGUCAUUGGUCAAAGUACCUUGAAAUGUAUAACACCCGAAAUGGAAGAGAAGCUAGAGGGUAUCAUUUUUGGGCAGUUGAAAAUUGCGGAUGCGGAUCAGCUCAACAACUCGCCCCUGAAAAUGGCCAACUGGUUCCUCUUCAGCCAAUUACUGGGAACAAUGAGCGAGAUCAACUUUGAAAGCGUUGCGGACAGGUUUAUUACGGAUCUUGAGAAGUCUCAGAGAGAUUUGGUAGUAAAAAGCCCCGUGAAUAGAGAAACAGAAGGGAGAAUGGAACUUGUGCUUGGCGGAAUGAAGCAUUUGCGCAUCAAGAUAUACCCAGAGGAUGCUUGGGAUCACGCUUGCGACUUCAUGAUAUCCCUUGGACGUUUUUUUGCCAGAUCCCAUGGUCACCGUCUGAAAUAUGCUUACUGCCAAGCGCUCGAGAUUCUUCUAUUGCCAAUCGCUGCAAAAGCCAACACAGAAUUAAAUCUACCAAAGUGGACAGAAGUCCUGGGCACGAUCGGACCGCGUCUUGCUUCUAUGUUCGUCAAGCCUCGCCACUGGGCUAUUGCAUUUCCGUUAACUGCAACCUUACUUUGUGUUUCCCCCGUUGAAACUUUUUCAACUCAGUGGCUGCAACUUAUCCUUCCAUUGCAACCAAAAUUUAAAGACCGAUUUGCUAGGUCAGUGUGCUUACAGGUCAUAUCGAGACUACUCUGGACUUAUCUCUACCGAACGUCAGAUACUCAGGCUGCUACCAUUAAAAAGCUUGAAGAGGUCCUAAAACUUGUCCUCCCACCAGGCCGAAGAACCUAUCUCUCGACGGAGCCUACCAUUGCCGAUCCGCUGAUACAGAUCAUCCGAAUAAUUGGUUACAAAAAUCAAGACUUCUGCUUCCGGACCAUCGUCUUCCCCCUCAUUAAUGCGGAUCUGUUCACUUCCGGCAAAGAACUAAAAGUUGAGCAGCUGGAGCCUGAAAGAAUGGUCAUCGGGAUCAGAGCUUUUCUUGCUAUAAUGUCCGACUUAGAGAAGGGAGAACAAGGCCGACCACCGUUUCCGCAACAUUAUCAAGCUCUGCCAUUUUAUGACAGGAUGCCAACAUCUCCUAUCAUGACCGCGCCACGUAGUCCACCUCUUCCUCCCGAGGUGCGUAGUUCGGAGGAUCGCUUGUCGAGACCAGUUCUCACUACUUCUUUGAGUGAGGUAGGCAGAGAGUACUAUGCGAAGUUUUGCGAGAUUCUUGGAAAGAUCACCAUAAUCUGCGACAAUACGUUUGGGGGUCAAGCCGUGUUGGAUGAGAAGUUCAACAGUCCGGCACCGAAGACACCUCUGGCAGAGAGCUUCAAUUUUGCUCGUCGUGACGAUCACCAAAGCCCGAACGAUCAGAAACAAGGGUUUUACGAGCUUCUACAUGUUGCUGUCCAAGCGCUUCCCCGAUGCUUAUCUGCUGAUAUCCCUUUCAAUUCUUUGGUUAAUCUACUUUGCACUGGCACAGCUCAUGUCCAGUACACCAUUGCAGAAUCAUCAGCACAAUCGCUCAAAUCCAUCGCCAGACAGUCACAUGCCCAGCAGGUCACGAUUGGCUUUGCUCGAUUCAUAUUCAAUUUCGAUGACAGGUAUUCGACCAUGUCAGAUGGCGGUAUGCUUGGAGCCGGUCACAUCGAAAGUACUCUGAAACUAUAUGUCGAGCUCCUACAGAUCUGGAUUUCUGAGAUCAAGCAAAGGACUAAAGAUGCUGCCGCCGAUAGCUCUGAGGAUGGAAGUCCUGACAAACGCAGUAUGCAGCUCGAUCUUUCUGCAAUAUGGGCUCAUGUUGAUGAAGUGGAGUCACACGGCUUGUUCUUCCUCUGUUCUCAGUCGAGGAGAGUUCGAGCUUUUGCUAUCACAGUCUUACGCCUCAUCACAGAAUUUGAUACUGCCCUUGGUAAAGAUAAUGGCAGACUCAUCCACAUUCUUGAGGGUGACUCUAUGCGGGUAAUGGACUUCAACGAUGAGCAUCUGUCUGUCGCAGAACGAAGUAGACUGCAGCGUGGAAUGCGUAAGAGCAAUUCACAAAGUGCUCUAAUUGAGCUCUGUAGCAGCGAGGUCUCCUAUGAUACAACUUUGUGGUUCAAGAUUUUUCCAAACCUCAUUCGGAUCAGCUACGAACGUUGCCCGUUCGCUGUCACACUAGGACGGGAACUCAUUUGUAACCGCAUCCUUCAGAUGUACAAAGUGAUCGUUGCUCUUUCAGAACCAAUCAGAGGACCUCCAUACGGAUCUUUCGAUAGAUUUGAAACGGGCAGUGGUCGGCUACUCUCGAGAUCGUCAACUACACCACCAGAAGUGGUAAUUGAACAGUGGAAGUUGUAUUUGAUUGUGGCUUGUACCACAUUGUCUGACAAAGGAGGGCAGCAGCCGCAGUCGCCCCAGGCAGCUCAGCAUCUACGCAAAGGAUCGAAGCAGAGCCAAACACAGGAAAAGAUCACCUCUGCUCGAUCAUUAUUCAAGUACAUCUUACCACUCCUUUCAGCCGGUCCAGCCUCGAUACGAGACGCAGUUGUCGUAGCGUUAGGCUCAAUCAAUGUCAAUAUAUACAAAACCUUACUUGAAGAGCUUCAAGGGGCGGUCAACAAAUGUAAUGACGAGGCUAGAGCUCGUAUCCAUCAACGCACAACAAGUAGUCCAAAGCGGAACAGAAAGUUCGACUUGCUACGAACCGAGAUCACACAUGUCUACAGAUUGACAUCAUCGUUCUUGAAGGAGACAGAAGUUCAUCAAGACGACUGGAUUCUUAACAACCUUGUGGUAUAUACCAAAGACCUCAAAUUGUUCUUGAUGGACGACGAGGUUCAGAUGGAUUGGGAGUUCCAAAAGCUUCGAAGGCACUAUUGUGGACUGAUGGAAGAGCUAUUCGAGGGUAUCAACCGCACGAAAGAUCCUUCUAGGUGGAUGACAUUUGAGUCAAGAAAGUCAUCGUUUGCUCUGAUGGAAGAUUGGUGUGGAUUCUCACCCAAUCAGAACCAGAUUCGCGUGCGCGAGGACAACAUGAGGCAAUCAAUGAUUGACCAACAGACGCUGGCGAGCGAGCGAGGAACCGUGACUGCCGCAAUGGAGAUCGAGAAAAGGAAUCUUCGAACGGCUGCCCUUAGUGCCAUGGCUGCCUUGUGUGGCGGGCCAGUUAGCAUCACCACUGAGAGCAGAGCAACCUUGCAAUUCGACAUCAGAAGAAUGCUCUCCUGGAUUGACACCAUCUUUAAUUCUGGAAGCGAUCGCAUGCACGUCAUCGGUAGAAGAGCUCUCAAGAAUCUCAUAGUACACAACAAAGACUAUCCAUAUCUCCUGGAACAUUCAAUUGCUAAAUGCUACAUGUCAGAGCAGUCAAAGGUCUUGGAGAGUUACUUCUCCGUCGUCACAGAUGUUUUGAUUGAGCAUCCUGAUUACCCGAUGCCAUUCUGGAAACUGCUGUGCAUUGGUUUAUACACUCUUGGGAGCGAAGUCAGCGGAAUUCGAUCAAAGUCUGCCCACGUUCUGCGAGCGCUAGAGGAGAGACAGCAGAAAAGCUCGAAAAUUCAAGACUACGACAUCAGUAUAUCAGACAAGACGAAAGCCGUUUACAAGCUUGCCCAAUUCGAAAUCUCGAAACGCCUAUCAAAACAACACUCAGAAUUGGCAUUCAUCAUAUUUUCCGAGAUGACGAUGUAUUUCAAGGAAGUCCAGGCUUCUGCACAACGGAAUAUGGUUGCUGCUAUCUUGCCUUGGGUUCAAAUCGUUGAACUCCAGCUUGACCCAAAUGGUGGACCUACCGCGCAAUCGUACGUUCUUCUAGCAAACUUAUUCGAAAUUACCAUCAAGUCCAGCAGCCACCUUCACAAUGAGGUUCAAGCCUUGUGGCAAGCUCUUGCGACUGGCCCCCAUGCUGGCAAUGUUCAACUUGUUCUGGACUUCAUCAUGUCACUCUGCCUAGAUCGACGUGAGCAAAACUUUGUGGAAUUUGCUAAGCAAAUCGUCGUGUUCUUGUCAAGUACUCCUGCUGGAGUUAAGGUUGUCGAGUUCUUGUUAAUGCAGAUCACUCCUAAGGCCAUGAUACCGAAUGAGAAGCGAGAACUUAUCCCACCUCCUCCAGAUACUGGCAAACUUCCGUAUCUGGCCGAGCUUUCAGAAGCAUUGCCAAUUGGUGCCAAACAGGCUGGGUUCUCGCUGGGCCAAUUGUCUUUGAUUCUACUUGUUGAUUUGAUGGUAUCUCCCGUUCAGCUCGUUGCGGAGAAUGUGCCGCUCCUCCUACAAGUCGUCACCGUAUUAUGGGAUCAUUACAUACCCCUGGUACAAGAGCAAGCUCGUGAGAUGCUUAUUCACCUCAUACACGAGCUGGUCAUAUCGAAGAUCGAUGAUGACCAGUCAGCAACUAAGAAGUCGAUUGAAGAUUUCAUCGAAUCUGUACGCAGCCACGAUCCCAAAGUCAUUUGGGCAUAUGAAGACAAUAAUGGGAAAGUCGAUGACCAGGACAACAAAGUUCCUGCGGGAAUGGAGCUGCUCUCUACUGAAGUGGUGAAGAAGUUCGAAAUCACUUACCCUGGUAUCCAAGAGCAAUGGGCUAAAUUGUCCCUAACAUGGGCGACUUCUUGUCCUGUGAGACAUCUUGCUUGUCGGUCAUUCCAGAUCUUCAGAUGCAUUCUCACAUCUUUGGAUCAGCCUAUGUUGGCAGACAUGCUUGCCAGAUUGUCAAAUACCAUCGCCGAUGAAGAUCCCGAUGUGCAGACCUUCUCGAUGGAGAUAUUGACUACACUCAAGACUUUGAUCUGUAAGCUAGACCCCGGAGAUCUCAUUAAUUUUCCUCAACUAUUUUGGACUACCUGCGCCUGUUUGGAUACCAUCAACGAGCGAGAAUUCUUGGAAGCGUUGGGUAUGCUGGAGGAGUUGCUACAAAAGCUUAAUCUGAAUGAUAUAAGUGUUCGGCUGCUACUUACUGAAGGCAGGCCACCUAGAUGGGACGGACCUUUCGAAGGUCUUCAGCCACUGGUUCACAAAGGUCUACGGUCAUCAGUGUGUUUUGAAUCGACACGCAAAGUCUUGGAUAAACUUGUCCAAUUACCGAAUGAUGAGCUCAUUGGCGAUGAUAGUCGGUUGCUGUUCGCAGUCUUGGCAAAUUUCCCUAGGCUGCUGCACGCUAUGGACCAGGAUCUAAUCGAUGCGGAGAGUAUCAAAAGUGCCGAAAUUUUGGCUACUAUUGCGGAAUUGCAGGGCUACUCUUCAAUAUCAAGAGCACUUGGUGGAUUCGCAGCUUCAAGAUAUCGGUCCAGCAAAGACUUCCUAGCUCAACUCGUAUCUGCUCUCAGAGAAGCUUUCUUCCCGCAAUGGGAAUUUGGCAGUCUCACGUUUCUCAUGGGGCUACUGACCAACAGUAUCCCGUGGGUCAAAGUCAAGACUAUGCGCAUCCUAUGCUCUAUCAUACCUGAUAUUGACAUGCAGAAGCAAGAGAUUGCCUCUCACGGUCCUGAUCUGAUUUCACCACUUUUGAGAUUAUUGCAAACAGAAUUCUGUAUGCAGGCACUCGAAGUUCUGGACCAGAUCAUGACUAUGACUGGUACCUCUAUGGAUAAGCAUCAUUUGCGUAUGAGUAUGACCAAAUCCUCGUCCAAAGCGAUACGAAAGGAAUACGAACGAACGCAGAGCUUGUUUGGUAUCCCGGAAGAGUCUGGAUGGUCGAUUCCUGUUCCUGCCAAGCAUGCUGAGACAACAAGAGCGAACGUCCACGCCGCAUUUUACAUGUGCCAGAAUUCCGAGAAUAUGGACCCUGAGACUGCACGUACUCCAGAAGUCGAGUUCCACGUGGAUGACUUCCAGUAUGGCUACUUCCCCGUCCCAGAACGAACAGAAACCAUGAUGUCGGAUGAAGGUCGUGGUGAUGGCAAUAUCGGUGAUCUCAUGAUGAAACUCGACAGCUUGGACGAUUUCUUCGAAGACAGUCUUCAGAGUCCCACGAGCGAUGGUCGUUCAUCCCGAACCAUCACUGAAGCUGGUUUUGCUAGCGAAGGCUUCGAGUCUGGCGCGCAACUCUACGACGAACAAACUCUCCCGAUUCUCCAUCAAUCCCUGGCCCGAACAUCGAGCGUUGCCUCGUUUCAAAAUGGAUUUGCAGACAUGCGGUCCUCAACGGCGAUGUCGACUCAACAACCAGCCAUGAACCCGGGAGCGUUUAGCAUCGGACCUACAUCCCGCCCGGGAAUGCACUCCCGUUCCGUCACUUCACCUUCCGCCCCAGCAUCUUCGUCCUCCCAAACGACUCUGGUUCCCCUCACAUCUUAUACCUCAGAUGACGACUAUACCGAAGAAGUGUUCUCCGACGGAGACGAAGACCGUGUCGCAGCAUCUGGCGAAGGUUCUUUCUUUUUAGAAAACAUGAUCAAACCCCUAGCCCAAGGAACAAGAUCAGGCAUGCGACGAUUGACAGGCGGAAGGAGUCGAGACAACGAGCGAAUGAGAGAUAAUCUCCGAGUCGAAAGGAGAGGUCUAAGCCAGCCUCCGAAGAGUCCGAGAGUCCCGAAGGUGCCGAGGGAGUAUUUGGGAAAGACUACCAGUCCUGGGGCGUCGUCGAGCCUAGGAGACGUGUAAUAUAUGAGAGUGAAGAUCGGAUGACAUUUAAUGAUGGCACGAAGCGAGUUUGUUUUUGGAAAGAAACAGGAGAAUUGUGAGUGUAUAGUACUUGGGUGCUAUUGCUUGGAGGGGCUGUUGUAUACGAUUGUAAUCGUAGAAUUUCAUGUGAGAUGUUGAUGAUCGAAGCCUGCGUUCUUCGAAACCAUUUGUUCUCGAUGGAGGGCCUUGAUGGACGUCCGGAUGUCCGUAUCAAGCUGAAGUCUUCUCCGCUGAGUAGUGUCUGUACACAUCUUGAAGAUCAGAUCAAAUUCAUUGUUGAUCGCGAGCUUACGCAUUCACUCAGCUCAGAAAUCCCAUAUUGAAAACGACAUUUUUUCGAG